CUGUACUUUAAAUGCAACAGUUCUGCAGAUUACUAUGAAUAAAUUCACAAAUUGUUGACCAACCAACUCAGAAUUUAAUAGAAUAGAUCAUGGAUUCCUUACUUCAAGACGUAGAGGAUUUAAAAAACCGUUGCUCCUUCCUUGAGCAGGAAAAACUGAAAAUGCAAUCAAAUUUUGAAGAAAAGAGAUCAAAAUUCAAGGAAGUUUAUCAAACCAAAGAAAAAUUGGUUGCGGAGCAGAAUCUUGAAAUAGAUGCAUUACGUAUGAAACUAAAACAAAAUGACGAUAAAAUAUCAGAGUUAAAAAUGGAAAUUGAAGAUAUAAAAAUGAUUGCGUCAGUCUCAGAAAAUACAAAACAAGAAGCAGUUGAAAGAUUGAGUAAAAGACACCAGGAUGAAAUUGAAUCACUGCGCAAAGCAAUGGAAGAUUCCAAUGAGGAAUCACAACGAGACAUGGUCAGACAUUUUGACAGAGAGCGAGGACAUUGGGAGAAAAAGCAUUCAACAAUGAAAGCAGAAAGGGAGCAUCUAGAAUCGGAAUUGGAAGAAUUAAGGAAAAAAUUGAGAGAUCAUGGAGAUAUGUCAGAAGAGGAGGAGUUAGAAGCAAGCAUGAAGAAGGCACAUGCUGAGGCUGAAAAAUUGAAAUCAGUUGUAUUGCCAUUGGAACAAGAAAUUAGAAAAUUACAAGAAGAUUUAGGAAAAACAAAAUCUGAGCUCAAAGAAAGCCAGAAUCUUGUUGCAGAAUUGAAUGCAAAAUCUUUAAAGGAUGACAACACCAUAGAAACCGAAAGUGCAACAGAUGCCCAAGAACCUAUGUUAGAACUCGAUCUGUCUUUGAAGAGUGAGAAAUCUUCGAGGACUGAUUUAGAAAGAUAUGUUACAGUUUUAAAACAACAAAAUAAGGAAAUGGAAAAUGAAAAAGAUACGAUACAAGAAAAAAUGAAAAAUGUAUGCAAGCAGUAUGAGGUUGAAAAGGCGGAACACGAAGUUCUUAAACAAACGUGGCUUGCUGCAAAUGAUCAAUUCUUAGAAUCACAGAGACUACUUAUGCGUGACAAUAAUAUUAUCGAAAGUGUUUUAUCAGAAGAACAAAAACGACAAGCAAAAAUGUUAAAACUCAAAGCCCAGGCAAGUGAGGCAAGAGACGUACCAGCAAAAUCACCAACUUCUUCCCUUGCACUUUUAAAAAAGAAAACAGAUAAGUUUAAGGAGGCUGUUGUUGAAAGCAUAUCUGAUUCCGAAUCAGAUUCUCAGUCGUUUGGGUCAUUUCAAGAUUAUCAAGAGUCUACAAAAGUGGAGAAGAACAACCUAAGUCCUACAUUUACAUUGACACUUCCAGACGCAAAAAUACAGAAAACAGUGAUAAUAGAACCUGAACAAAUUGAUGCAAAUAAAAUUGUGCCAGGUCCUGAUCAAAAAGUAGUUAGUGAAGAAGAGUGGAAUGAGUUAUUGCGGGAGCUUAGAAUUCACAGAAAUAAAGCAGCUAGGACUUCAUCAUUUGCCAAUGCUUCUGAAACGCCUGAGAAAAAACAUGCGGACUUAUUCGAAGACGAUGCCAAAAUGGUUGCGGAGAUAGAAAGUCUGAAAUUGAAAAUAAAAGUAUAUGAAGAAGAAAAAAUGGAGGAAUUCAAUAAAACUAAAUCACUCGAAGAAAGCAUUCGAUGUUCAGCUGAAGAUGCGCAAAAGCAAAUUACAGAACUUCAUGAUAAAUUAGCAGAUUUCGAACGACUUCUCGGAAAUUUGAAAGAAAAACAGAUCAAAGUUAAAGCACAAGAUAUUAAUGAAUUGGUCAGUCUUCGACAAGCCCAUGAUAAAUAUCGAGAUGAAGUUAAUUUAUUGCGAAAAGAACGAGAUAAAUUAUCACAACUUCAACAAAAAUAUCAACAAACUUUAACGAAGGAAAAUGUAUCCGUUCCAAAAAGUAUUGAUGGACUGCAAAGCUUGGUGCAAACGUAUCGUAAAGUAUUAGCAACUACUAAAGCUGAAAAAGAUGCUCUAGAGACAAAGUUCAAAAACCAACUGGCAUUUUUAGAAGAAAGACUGAAAGCCGAGCAGAGCACAAGAGAUCAAUUAGAAACCAGUUUAGCUUCAGAACUUCACGAUGCGCGGGGUGAAAUAAUUUCUCUUCAAUCAUUAAAAUCAGUUAAAGAUGAUCUCGCUAAAUCAGAAAAAGAAAAGAGUGAAAUACAGCAAGAACUUGAAAAGAUGAAAACAUCUCGAGACGCUUUACAAAGCAAAUCAAGUGAAAUUAUCAAAGGUUUCAGAGAAAAACAUCUUGCUGAAAUCAAAGCUAAGGAAGAUGUUGAACGUAGUUUAGCUGAAGCUAAAAAUCGGUUACGAUCUCUUCAAUCUGCGUUGGAAACAAGUGAACAUGUACAAAGGGAUUUUGUUAGAUUGUCACAAUCAUUACAGGUUCAGCUGGAAGAAGUCAGAGAAGAGAGAGAAAAGUUGUCAGAAACUGGCAGCAUUCAUUCAAUAGAUUUAUCCAAUACGGCACCCAUGACAUCAAUAACACAACCAUCAACCUCUACAGAAACGGACCAACAUCGAAAUGAAACACCAUCGCCAAAACUAAAACAAAAUAACGAAUUUGCUAAAAGUAAACAUGCAACGUAGAGUAGAGAGACUUUCUAUCAAUGCGAUUAUUGUUUACAAAAGCACAUUUAAGCAUACGCCAGGAAAUAGAAAUUGUCGAUGUCUAUGAAAUUUUGCUCGACAGUUUUAUAACAUAUUGCAAUGAUAUGAAGUCAGUUAUUCAUGCGGUUCUGUUAGAUUUUAUUGGGAAACACUUCAUGAUAAUAUAGUCUGUGAUAUCAUAAUGCUGUUUUGAAGUGCUAAACCAGGCAUGGGCAAUAAAAGGCCUUUCAACGCAUUUAGUGCAGUCCCCUACUACCGGAGAAAAUUUCUUAAAACUAAAUACAAAUUUCAAAUUAUAUUUGACCUUUUUUUAAAACAUCUAAACUAUAAAUUUCCCAAAAAACAUUGCCCACCUCUGUGCUAGGGCCUUUGUCCGAUGUCACCCACCCUAUACAAGCCGAGGCCAACAAGGUAUAUAGGCAGUUUUGUAUACACUGACUAUAUUUUAACAGCAUAUUUCCAACCAAUUCAAUAAUAGUUGAAUAUUAAAAUGAACAUGCUGUAGAGCUACAAGCUUACAUGAACUAACUCAACCAAGUAUAAAACUAUUCUGAAUUGGUUUAGAGUCUUUCAAUUUAACCGCACAGUUCGUUUAACUUUUGAAUGUUCGACGGUGUUCAUUCACGUAAAAAAAGUCAUUCAUUAUUUGUCAAGUUUCAAGAAUUUUAUUGUUAUCAUGGCUUCAAAUUCGAGUAUAUACUUUGUAUUUUACUUCAUACUCUAAUAUCCAAACUUUAGAAUGCCCAGAAUCUAAAACUCUAAUAAUUGCAGGGAAAAUUUAUCUGAUCAAUAGUUUAUUCACUCCAUGCUAAAUUUUAAAAUAUUUGCACAAAUAUAGGUUGUGAUUUAUCAUUUUUUUCUUGAAUUACAUUAUAUUCAUAUAAAUAAAAUGUCGUGUCUCCACAGUCGUUUAUUGUUGUAUAUUAAGUGCAAAGUUA